AAGUGCUUCAGAAUAUUAGAACCUCUCGAUAUAAAAUCGUACCUGUGGCUAUAGUGGCGGACGGGUAUAAGUAUUGUCACAAGCGGAUAUUUAGCAUAGCCGAUUCGGAACGGAUCCAUUGCCAUCGCUAGCUCUUACUACUACGGUCCUCGUCAAUCCUCAUAUAAGCAUAGGCUGAUGCGUGCAGCGUGCUAGUGGAAGGCUAGCUGUCUAAAAUUUUCAGUUCACCAUGAGGUCACCGGCUGCUCCGGGGCCUUCUCACGAUUCCCUCGACUCAUCACCGCCGGCGCCUGGUUUUCGUAGUUACCAGCAGACAAAACUGGCGGAGCUUGAUCUGGAUUCAUCCUUGUCGCCGGCCACCGCGGCGCCAGGUUCGCAGCCUACUCCAUCGGAGUCGCCGCUGCCAGCUCCGACACCAACACCUGCGCCCGCGGCGACAGGGCUGCUGAUACCAAUACCAGCGCGGCCAGUGCUUGCUCCAUAUUCCCAGCCGGCGUCUUCAUCGGGUUCACCUGCCGACAAGUCAGUGGCGGGCAUUGCUGCUGGCUCAGCUGCUGCGGGCGCCCUUCUCAUCGUGCUACUGGUAGCAGUUGGUUUGUAUGUGGCGUCGCCUAUUUGGAAGAGGCGCACUGGGCGUGACCGCAGGGGAGCAGGCAGCUCCGGUGGCGGCGGUGCCUCACAACAUGAAUCGCAGAAACGCCACUCUGCUGUUCAAAUCGAGGUCGAAGUGACGCCGCCGCCAACAGCGUCAUCAUCGUCCUGGGCUACUUCCAGAGACAGCCACAAGCCGGACACGCACGGCGACGGAGCGGGACCGCGCGUGCAGGUGCAGCCCGUGCCUGGAGCUGGAGGUGGCGACUACGAGGUCCGGUUUAGAGGCGCGUUCACCUACGAGCAGCUGGCCGCCGCGACGGACGGCUUCUCGGAGUCCAGCCUCGUCGGGCGCGGCGGGUUCGGCGACGUGCACGUCGGCACGGUGGACGGCGCCGCGGUGGCCGUGAAGCGGCUGCGGGCAGGGAGCCAGCAGGGGGACCGGGAGUUCCAGGCGGAGCUGCGGAUCAUCAGCCGCGUGCACCACCGCAACCUCGUCUCGCUCGUCGGCUACUGCGUUGGCGACGGCGGCCAGCGCCUGCUCGUCUACGAGUUCGUGCCCAACUUGACGCUGCACCACCACUUGCACGCAUUCAGCACAACAGGGGAGGUUGAAACAGUACUCGGUUGGCCGACUAGAUGGAAAAUUGCUGUUGGAGCUGCAAAAGGCUUGGCCUACCUUCAUGAGGACUGUCAUCCCAGAAUCAUCCACCGCGACAUCAAGGCAGCCAACAUUUUGCUUGACCCUGACUUCAACCCCAAGGUUUCUGAUUUUGGUAUGGCAAAAUUCGUACCUAGUAGAGGGGAUACUCACAUUGCAACAAGGAUCGUUGGAACUAUUGGAUACCUCGCACCCGAGUACGCCACAUCCGGCAGGCUUAGCGAGAAAUCCGACGUGUUUUCUUUUGGCGUCGUGCUGCUGGAGCUCGUCACCGGCAUGAGCGCCGCCCUGUCGUCGGAUCGGGAAGAAGGCACUCUAGUAGGCUGGGCACGGCCGUUGCUCACCAAGGCCAUGGAGCUCCACGACUACGACGAGCUCGUCGACCCACUGCUGCCGAGCUUCGACGCCAAGCAGAUGGCGUGUCUGGUCCGGUGCGCCGCGGCCGCGGUCAGCACGUCGGCACGCCACCGACCGCGGAUGAGCCAGAUCGUCAAGCACUUGGAGGGCGACGCCUCUACAGAGCCCUUGGGUCAGACUGGUUCCAGUCACGGGCCCGGCGGGGACACUUCGGCCCAGUUUCAUAGCUACAGCAAGAUAAGGGCGUCGAGAAGCUCGGACGCGACGCGAGGGCAUUGGGUCACCGUUCUGAGCCCAAUGCAUGGCACGGUCCCUAGUGAUUUAGUACGACACGGUCAUAAUUCAAAUAGUGCCACUGCCCAUAAGACACGGAUCUAGAAUUGGCCGCCACACAUGUGGCUCAAAAGUGUGGCGCGGUGUGGCGGCUUAGGCGCCACACCAAACACGCCCCUAAUGUCGUGAUUGAGCCACCACCCUGGCACGAUGAGCUGACAUAAGUAUAACACAAUUAAUUGGCCGAUACGGUUAGGCAUGGUUUAUACCAACCGGUGGUAUAUAGAUUUGAUUGUGAUAUAUACAUGUAAUUGUAAAUUAUUAUUUAUCAUAAUUUUAAACAUAAUGAAUUCACUUUA